UACCUCCCAAACCUGAAUGAUAAUUAUUCGCUCCGAAACCUAUUUUCUGAAUUUUCACUUUCCCUCCCAAACCUGAAGCACGGAUUUUUCACCGAGAGAAAAGAAAAUGUUUAUCGGUUCCCUCCCAAAUUUAUUCUGAAACGGUUGUUGCAUCGAGAGAGAAGAAAUUUUCAUUCCAAAUCCGACUCUUGAUUGGGUAACCCUAACCCUUUUCUUCUUCAUCCCAAAUCCAACCCUAACCCAUAUAUUAUUCAUCCCAAAUCUAAACCUUUUCUUCUUCAUCCCAAAUCUAACCCUACCCAUAUAUUAUUCGUAGGAGGUUCUCACAAACCGAACCCCAACCAUUUCUUCAGCACACAAGCUUCUCUUUCUUCUCCUUUGUAGGAUUGGUCGCCCCAUCUAAAGCUCCCUUCUAUUACAAGCUCUCAUUCAACUUGUGUAUCAAUUUGCGUAUGUGAUACUAACAGUGUGCGGGUUUUCAACAGUGUGGAGUUUUUGAUUCAUCCUGGUAAAAAGAAUACUUUGCGAAUCUACAUCUGCUGCUCGAUCAAAAGAAAUGCUUGUUAUAUACAUGAUCUAGAGCUUAAAGUUUAGACCCUACAAAUUAAAGCUACACCUCUUUCUGCCCAACUAACAUUAUACCAGGAAAUGGCAAAAAAGAAUGAUUUUGUGUUUGAUUUCCAAGCUAAAUCUAGCAUAGAUUUAAAGCGGAAGAUGAAAAUCAAGGUUGAAAAUGAAAAGGCUUUAAAAGACAACACAACAAAUCAAGGAAGCAAUCAUACAAACACCAAUGUUGGAAACAUUCAAAAGUUGGACCAUCGAAAGCAAUCAAAAGUAGAAGUCUCUAAGAAAAUGGUUGAAUUGAGCAAAGUGUCUGUUCAGAAAAAUAAUAAGAAUCGGUUGGAAGUAGAUGCCUCUAAGAAAACUAGUGAAUCAAGCAAAUCAGAAGUAGAAGUUUCUAAUAAAGUUGCCAAGCUGAGCAAAGUGCAUAUUCUAAAUAAUAACAAGAGACAACUAGAAGUAGAAGCCACAAAAGAGAAUAAUAACAAGAGGCAACUAGAAGUAGAAGCCACAAAGAUGAGAAAAGAGCAUGUUCUGAACAAUAAUACAAAGAAGAAAUUGAAGUCUGCAAUGGAUCAUCAAGUUAAAGGUUCGAUUGAAUCACGAGUCUCAAAGAACACCAAUGAGCAAACUAAAGAGAUUCAGCAAGGCCUCAACAACACUAUGAACAAGUCUCAUCAAGCCUUUGAGAAGAAAAAAAGUAUUCCAAAGUGUCCAGCCAUGCCACUUAAUGAAUAUCUCGAUAAAAAUAAGGAACAAAAUGGAGUAGAGGAAUUUGACGAUGAAGAUAUAGAAGAAAAUGAAAUGGAAGAAAAUAUGGAGAAUGGUUGCAACCAUGAUGGUGAGGAAGUUGAGGGAACAAAUGUAAAUAAAGCUGAAGGUAAUACAUUAGGUGCUUCAUCCUCGGGAUUAAUAAAAAAACGAGGAAAGACUUUAUGUCGGAAAAUUCAUGCACGAGAAUUCAAAGAUAGACAAGAGAUCACCUUGAAUGAAGAAGGACAACCAAUUGGGCCAGAUGACAAGACAGUGUCUGAACUCAGUAGUUUUUUGGGGACACUAGGAAGAAGUUCAUAUUUUUGUCCUCUCACUUUCACUAGUUGGAUUGCUUUGGCCAAAUAUUGGGAGGAAUGCAAAAUAGAUCCUGUGUGGGAUUUUGUCAAUGAAAAAUACAUUGUCCCAAAGGAAGGAAGGAAAGCUGUAAUUGCUAUUGUAAAUGAUGCUUGGAGGCGGUACAAAUGCUUGCUUAAAAAGAACCAUUUUAGUAAGUAUAAAACCAUGCGCGAGCAGCUAAAAAAUCGUCCACAAGAAGUACCAGAAGAAGAUUUUAAAAAGCUGUUGGAGUAUUGGAGAGAUGAAAACACUAAAGAAGUCAGUCAUCAAAAUGCCCAAAAUAUAGCUCAAUUGAAAUGGAGACAUCGAAUGGGGAAUAAAGGCUUUGCUGUUAUAAGAGAAAAAAUGAUAUUGUAUUUUAAAUUAUUCUUUCAUUUGUCUCCCAUCUUCCUUUUAUUUUAA